AAUCUUUGUAAUGCCCCUUUAUAUACUUUAUCCGGAUCCCGCCACAUAAGUGACAAAAGACCUCUAACCAAACAAAUUCAGAAAUCAGAAUGUCUUGUUCUGCUCCUACCUCAUCACCGGAAACGACAACCUCCGUCGGUGAGGAUGAAGGCGGAGCCAUCACCACAAUCGCCGCGAUCCACUUCGACGUCCUACAGGCACACAUCUUCACCCGCCUCGACGGCCCGUCGCUGGCUUCCGUCAGCUGCGUGUCCUCUCAGUUGUAUGAUCUGUCCAAUGAAGAAAGUCUCUGGAGAGACAUAUGCCACUCCGCAUGGCCUUCCACCGAUAACCCACGAGUCUGCAACAUCGUUUCCAGCUUCCCGGACGGCUCCCGCUCUUUCUUCUCUGAUUCCUUCCCCCUGCUCGUCUCUCAGCAUGACCCACCUCCAUCGCCGAAUCACACUCCUCCUCUCUUGCCUCCCGAGAUAAUCUCGGCGGUGGAUAUUCAUUACCGGGGCACCCUUCUGUUCUCGAAGGUCCACGAGACCGAGACGCUGGGCAGCUGGUUUCAGUGCUCCCCCUUCCGGGUCGACCUCGUCGACCCAAAAGACAUGGUUCCAACUGCAAUAAGAUUGGGCGACGACGUGUGUCAAGACCUUGCGGAAAAUUUGAAGCUGAGCUGGAUCAUGAUCGACCCGACCGGACGGCGAGCGGCAAACCUGUCGAGCUGGAGGCCGGUCUCGGUGCAGCGGCACUGGCUGUCGAAGGGGAUACAGGCGAAGUUCGCGAUGAUCCUGGCCGGAGAUCCGGGUGGGGCGAGGGAAUUCGUCCUGUGCGGGAUAGUGGUAACCUUCGGGGGAUGCGAAGAAGCGGAGAUGCAAGUGAAGGAAGUGAGCUUGCAAGUUGCAGACAUGGAUGGGACGAGUUUGACUGGAAAGGAGAGUCUGGUAAUGUUACAGAGGGCGAUGGACGGCGGGAAGAGGAAGAAGGGAAGAAAAGAGGAAAGCAGAGAGAGGUACGAGGAGUAUUUGAGAAGGAAGAAAGAGAGGAAAGAGAGUAAGCUGAGAAUAGAAGCGCGAUCGGAUUCCAUGUGUAUGACUUUUUGCAUCUUCAUCUUCGCCUUCCCUUGGAUGCUUUUCUUUUUCCGGUGAAUCCUUUUUUUUUCUGUAUUAUAGUUAGAAAGUUAGUUAUUACAGUUACAUGCCAAAGAAAAAUGUCAUAACUAUACAAAUUUGUAAAGUGAAAUUCAGUAAUGAAUAAAGAGAAUAAUGCCUCUGUAUUUA